AUGCGUAGUCCUUCCAAAAUUAAAACAAUUGAUAUUAAUCAGGGAGAUAUCAACAAGCAAUUACGGUACACUCAAAAUUGGCAUAUAACUAUAUGUGGUCCAUUGGGGAAUAAUAAGCUACCACCUAUUCAUGGGCCAGUCCUGCUAAUAGAUGAUGUCAAAAAAUUGACUUUUGAUGAUUUUUGUUAUUUAUUGAAAAAACUGUAUAAUGAAGUUCAAGUCAAAGAAGCCAAAGACAGACUCUUAUUACGUUUUUCGAUCACUUUUAACAAUUUCGAUUCUGUUACAGAUGAAAAGAAAACUGAAAGAUUUUGGCUAAAUUGUAGUCAAAUAUUUUCUUAUGAUGAUAUCCAUUAUUUAUUAACAGUAUCAUAUAAUAAUACAGAUCAAUAUAAAAAAUUGAGGUGCAGGCUAUUAGCUCUUGCGUAA